ACUACCCUUUGGCUUUCUCAAUAUCCCUACAACCAAACAAAGUAAAAGAGAAUUGAAAUUCUCCCUUUCAUUUUAAAAAUUUGAAGGAGAAAAAAAAAAGAUAAAAAAGGAAAUCACGCUAUGGAGUUAAUGGACGCUGCAAUACUUUUGUUGGCCACGGUCUUCCUAUGCCUGUGGUGGCGCUACUGGUCUGUCACCGGCGGCGGUCCGAAGAAUCUCCCGCCGGGGCCGCCGGGUUGGCCGCUAGUAGGGAAUCUGUUCCAAGUCGUGCUCCAGCGCCGCCCGUUCAUCUACGUGGUACGUGAUUUGCGUAAGAAAUACGGUCCCAUUUUCACCAUGCAAAUGGGACAGCGCACUCUGGUUAUCGUCACCAGCUCCGAGCUUAUUCAUGAAGCUCUGGUGCAACAGGGGCCAAUCUUCGCCAACCGUCCGGCGGAUUCGCCCAUCCGCCUCAUCUUCAGCGUCGGAAAAUGCGCCAUCAACUCCGCCGAGUACGGGCCUCUGUGGCGAGCGCUGCGGCGGAACUUCGUGACGGAGCUGAUAAACCCUACGAGGAUCAAGCAGUGCAGCUGGAUAAGGAAGUGGGCGAUGGAGCACCAUAUGAAGAGGAUCCGAGACGAAGCUUCUAGAAAUGGUUACGUGGAGGUUAUGGCCAACUGCCGCCUCACGAUAUGCAGCAUCCUCAUUUGUCUCUGUUUCGGUGCGAAAAUCUCGGAGGAGCGGAUCACGAAAAUUGAGAGCAUUCUCAAGGACGUGAUGCUCAUCACGGCGCCGCAGCUGCCGGACUUUUUGCCGGUUCUGACGCCGCUGUUCCGCCGCCAGGUGAAACGGGCCAAGGAGCUGAGGAAGACGCAGCUUGAUUGCUUGAUUCCUCUGGUCAGAGACCGGAGGGAAUUUGUGGAAGGCUCGAAAUCGAAUCCGGAAAUGGUGAGCCCUAACGGAGCUGCUUAUAUCGACUCGCUGUUCGGGCUCGAACCGGCGGGGCGGAAGCUUGGGGAGGAAGAAAUUGUGACGCUUGUUUCGGAAAUAAUCAGUGCCGGAACUGAUACCAGCGCCACCGCGUUGGAAUGGGCUCUGCUUCAUCUCGUAACCGACCAAAAUAUCCAGGAAAAGCUGUACAGAGAAAUCGUGGAAAUCGUCGGGAAAGACGGGGCUAUCACAGAGGAGGACGUCGAGAAAAUGCCCUAUCUCGGCGCCAUCGUGAAAGAGACUUUCCGGCGGCAUCCUCCCAGCCAUUUCGUCCUAUCUCACGCCGCCACAAAGGACACUCAGCUCGGAGGCUACACCAUUCCUUCCGACGCAUACGUGGAAUUCUACACCGCAUGGGUGACAGAGGACCCCAGCCUCUGGAAAGAUCCCGGCGAGUUUCGCCCGGAGAGAUUCUUGACCGGCGACGGAGUGGACGUGGACAUCACCGGAAUGAGGGGAGUGAAGAUGCUGCCGUUCGGAGCGGGUCGUCGGAUCUGCCCGGCAUGGUCCUUGGGUACGUUGCAUGUGAACAUGAUGCUAGCUAAGAUGGUCCAAGCAUUCAAGUGGGUUCCGGUUCCGGGUAGCCCACCCGACCCGACUGAGACAUUUGCUUUCACCGUUGUCAUGAAGAACCCCCUAAAAGCACUCAUCUUGCCUAGGGCCAAGAUGAUUAUAUGACAAUUUAAUAAAUACGUGCCAAUUCUAUUUCAUUAUUUAGAUCGGAUCAGAUUUCCCACAUUUAAGGACCAUCCAGCAUGUAAAGAAUCAAUAUAAAAGGUAAUGCGAUUUAGUUUAUUUUAUGCA